CUACAAUUGGACUAGCCAGAAACAGUCUAAAUAGCUAUCGCUGCCGUCAAUCGACACACGUGCGGUCGAAUCAACAAAAAGUUGUUGUUCGUUUGAUGGCUGAUUUUAACAAGUAUUGCCAAGAGGCGGCCGCCGAGGAGCUGCCCGACUCGGAGGAGGAAGAAGACAUCGGGGAUGGGGACACCUGUAGCGCUCAAGAUCUGGCCGCCCAGUUUCAGCUGCAGUACAGGCCGAAAGACGAAGCCAGCGUGUCCUUGCAGCGGGAGUAUGUGCUUAGCCUGUCCGCCGACCAAGGAUUUACGCGUGUGGCCGCCGGAUUGUCCAGUUCCGCCGUGCAUAUCUACAAUCUGGAUGCGGGAGCUGGCACGUUGUCCAACUUCAGUUUCCUGCCGCCCUCGGAAGGUCAGAAGGUGACAACCUGUGGCGUCCGCUUUCUCGAUGAGGGACCACACAACAUACUGGUGGGCACUACCGAUGGCUAUGUGCGGCUCUACGAUCUGCGGCUGAAGGGCGAACAGGCGCGCUUCAGUUACACCCAGCAUCCUGAGGUAGCUCCGGUGCCCAAGUCAAUCUCCUGCUUCGACAGAAACGCCAACGGGCGGAUCAUCUGCUGCGGCACCAACCAGUUUCACAGCAAUGUGUUCCUUCUGUUCUACGACGUCCGAGAGCGCCGGCAGAUGGGCGUCUACUGCGACAGCCACGAGGACGACAUCACCUCGGUGCGGUUCCAUGCCCAGAACCCGGAUCUGCUGAGCACCGGCAGUGUGGACGGGCUGAUCAACGUGUUCGACGUCAAGGAGCCGGACGAGGAGGAGGCCCUGCUCAACACCUUCAACACGGAGAGCAGCGUGGCCCGUCUGCAGUGGCACAGGAAUGUGUACGACAAGGACGUCGUAUCCUGCAUCACAACCACGUGCGAUUUCAAGAGCUACGAGAGCGAGGAGGGCGACGAGCUGGCCUCCUUCGAAAGGCCCGCCAUUACGACGGCCAUAGCGCGCAAGAACGUGGCCAACUUGAACGUGAUCGGUGCCCACAACCAGGAGGACGGAGGAGUCUUUCUGCUCGCGGGCACGAACUACAACAAGGGGGAGAUCAUGCGCUCCGUGAGCGUCACCUCCAAAAAUACCCUGCAGCCGCUUGCAAACUUUCAGGGAAAUAAGCAGAUCGUAAGGGACAGUCUGUUCGACGCCAAACGAGGAUUACUGGUAACGGGAGGGGAAUGCGGCAUCGUUACGGUUUGGACACAGCACUCGGAAGGAAGUGCCAUCGCCGGUGACAAGCUGAAGGUCAAGAAGGAGAAGAAGUCGCGCAAGCAGGCGCCAUAUUAAAUGUUUUGUUUUAAAUAAAGGUUCAAUGACAAAAAAUUGUGUUUUGAUUAGAAACAAAACUUCGCUGUUACAGAACUUACAUG